AAAACCUCGUCAAAUUUUGGUAACGUAAUCUCUAUUUCUUUAUUAAAUAAUGACUACUAUAAUCACUCACUUAUCUCUACUCUUCAGAAUGAACCACCACUCGUGCCAUAUUCUUUUCCAAUAAUUGGACAUACUAUUGAGUAUUUUACAAAUACUGAAAGUCUUAUCAAAAGAUGUCAUAAACAGUACGGCGAAAUCUUCUCCCUUUAUGUUUUCGGACAUGUAAUAACCACAAUUGGCAAAGAACUAAUUCCCGAAAUUACUAAGAAUCCUGAUGACUUUAAUUUUUUCGAAGCUUUCAAAGAAACAUUGCCAACUGAUAAGUUGUUAAGGCGUCCAAAAAUUUUCUUUGAAAAUCUCAUUAAAGUUGUGCAAGAUAAUUUUUCUAGUACGGGAAGAUAUAAAACUUACACGAGUAAGAUUCAAGAUGCUAUAAAAAUUUCUAUUAAUAAGUCCAUUGGUGAAUGUAAAGACCCAAAAUGCAUAAAGUUUCCUCAAGAAGUAUUUUCGCAAUUAGUAGCAAGAAAUAUCAAAUUGAUGGAUGACGAUGAAAUUGUUAAUACGUUCGCAAGUCUAACAAGUGACAUUACUCGAGUACUUAAAUUUCCACCAAUCCUAAACUUUAUUCAUAAAUCUCUUCAUAAGCAAUUUACUAUACUUUCACAAAUAAUUAAAGAACGAGAACAUGAAAAAAAUAAAUUGGGUAACGCCUGGAUAUUUCCGGCGGAUAUUUUACAGACAUUUAUUGACUUUUCAACCGAUGAUAAUUGUGUAAAUCUACAAUUAUUAACCGACUAUAUUAUUGAAUUCAUAUUUAUAUCUGUACAAACAACUUCUGAUGCU